ACAAGAAUUGGAUACACUACAUCAAUCACCACAUGGUAGCCUACUUCUUGCAUUCCAAGUACGCUGGUUUCUGAGUAUGAAAACGGAGUCGAGCGUGAAGUAGUGGAGGAUGUAUCCACAAGUGGUGGUGAAACAAUUCACAUGCUCUCAUCAACUCCCAAAAAUACCACGUGUGGAUUCUCAGACAGGUUUUGGACCUUCUCGUACAAGAGACAUAGAUGAAACAGUCACUGAAAAGCUCACAUGCAACACAAAAAAGGACAAAUUCAAGCUGAACUAUUGUACUGCAGGCAUUUUAGCAGGAGUAUGGCCGUGUGGUACAGUGACUAUGGUUGGGGAGCUCUUUGGAAGCGAGUCACUAUCUCAAGUAUACGGAUUUCUCUUCUCUUACAUGCAUCAAAAUGAAGACAGUGUCAGAGCAAUGGCUAAUAUCCAGCUAUCCCAACAGUGCUCCUCUUGGCUAUACUAACGGACGAGACUGGACAGUUUGGGGACUGGAGUAUGACCUGCUCGUUCGAGCGUUGCUGGGUACCUCAGAGGCAUCAAGACAAUCUACGUUUUCUCAAGCAAAAUUUAAUUGAGUUACGAGUUGGGGCCUAGAAUCAGAGAAGUCCAGCAGCCUGCUAAAUUUUUUUGAAAUGUAAUUUGAAGGCAUUCAAUCAUCCUGAAGUUGCCCUGGGUCACUGUAAUUGUGCUGCAGCACAACUGGCAACUCCCCAGGCCCUUGUGAAGAAGCUCCCUAUGUGCAUCUUUUGUGUACUCACUCUGUGCAUUUUCUGUGUACAAAUUUCGAUUAUAAAUAUUUUUGCCGAA